CCGAACUGACACAUAUUGUCAAUCAUUUACACUGACGUUUACCACUAUGGACAAUUUAAAGUCUCCAUUUCACCGGAGCUACAUGUCUGGGGACUGUAGGAGAGAAGUGGAGCACCCAGAGGAAACCCACACAGACUCGGGGAAAACUCGACACAGAAAGGCCCCAGCCGGCCAGCUCAGGUUUGAACUCCGAUGUAAAAAAGAUAUAACUGAGGACACUUGUAACCGAUUGAUGUCCUCCAAGGCCCCGACCAACCACAUAUCUCAUGACAUUUAUCAGCUCCUAUGCCAUAAUGAAAGCAGCGAGAAGCAAUAUGUUGGGUGCUGGAAUAUCUAAUAACAAGGCCAAGUAUUCACGGCUGGCUGCUGAUGAGGAUGGUUAUAUAGACUUACAGUUCAAGAAAAGCCCCCCAAAGGUCCCAUACAAGGCGAUUGCACUGGCAAUAUUCCUGUUUCUGAUUGGCUCCUUACUGAUAAUCUUCGGGGCCCUUCUUCAGGCAGGAACCAUAAAGGUUGAGCAUGUAGACCGUACCAUUCCUGUAAUCAUCAUAGGACUGCUUGUUUUCCUUCCUGGAUUUUAUCAUUUGAGAAUUGCCUACUACGCUGCCAAGGGUUACCGGGGUUACUCCUACGACGACAUCCCAGAUUUUGGUGACUGAACCAAAUGAGAGCCGCUGAUUGGUGGAGAAUUCUCUGCUAUUGCUGCACUGUGUAUGCUGAGACUGUUGCCUGCUGUUUAAUUUGAGUUUCUAAAUAAAUAUAAAUAGGACAUUCAGUCCUAUUUAUUCUCUGCUAUGUGCCCUAUCGUCCUCCACACAAAAGCUUUACAAACCUUAGAGGCUUUAGAGAUUCAACUUUAUUGAAAGUGAACCAAACACGUAAUGAGUAGAGGAUGCCAUGACACAGCUACAUUUUGCUGAUAUUCAAUAAUUGCCACUCAUUCAAACUUUGGAUUAGUGGUGAAACAUUUUUGGAGUCUACACAGAUGCCUUCAGCUUACUACUGCUAGAAGGUCCUUUACCUGGAUGACUGGGAAUCUUUGUGCUUAUCGCACAGUCUUACAGUGUAUCUUCAACAGAUAUUUAUUUGUGGUUAUAGUCUAUGUAAUAUAUUGAAAAGCUUGGAGGAUGUAGUUCUCCCCAAAGGAUUAUAUUUGCAGUACUAACGAUUGGUUGCUUUGUCAAAGUACAGUAUAUUUUUGAAUGAAAUGUAUUACUUACUGUAUGAAAUAUUUGUAUUUGUGCAUAUUCAUUUGAUUUUAAAAUGUUAAGGGAAGAUGUAUUUUUACCUAUGUUUG